CAUCAUGAUAUCAUACAACACAGACCAAAUUUGAAUUACAUCCACUUUUUUUCUAACUACAAUAACCAUGUUUGAGUAUAUUACAUUAUUUGUAGCCAUUUUUUUCAUGAUAUUCUACAAUAUUUGGAAACGCGACAAAAAUAAUGUAAUUAUAACAAAUUGGCCAAUAAUUGGCAUGCUACCAUCAGUAUUGCAUAAUCAAUCCAAUAUUCAUGAUUAUGCAACCUUUAUUUUGAAACAUUAUGGUGGCACUUUUGUGUUCAAAGGACCUUGGUUCACAAACAUUGCCAACUUUAUCCUCACUAGUGAUCCCAUGAAUGUGCACCACAUCACUAGCAAGAAUUUCACCAACUAUGGGAAAGGGUCUGAUUUCCAUGAGAUUUUUGAAGUUUUUGGUCUUGGUAUUUUCAAUUUGGAUACCAAUGAGUGGAAACAAGAGAGGACACUACUUCAAUCAUUGCUCAAAAGGAAUAGUUUCAAGAUAUUCCUUGAACAAAACAUUCAAAAGAAGCUAGAGAAUUGCCUAUUACCAUUUCUUGAUUAUGCAUCCAAAGGUGAACAAAUACUUGAUCUACAAGAUAUUCUUGAGAGGUUCACUUUCGAUAUUGCAUUCACUUCUUUAUUUGGAUUUGAUUCUAAUAUCCUUCCUAACAAUCUCAAUGAGCUCGAAGAUAUUGCUUAUGUAAAAGCUAUUUCUGUGCUUGAGGAUAUGAUAUUGUUGAGGCAUCUCAUUCCAAAUUGUAUUUGGAAGUUACAAAAAUGGCUAAAAAUUGGUCAAGAGAAGAAAGGAAUGGUAGCUCAAGAAAAGCUUUAUGAAUUCUUGAACAACCGUAUAGCUUAUUAUAAAGGCGAUGAAGAGAAAAGAAGAUUGAGAAGCAGUGAAGAUGUGGAUGAAUCAAAUUCUUGCUUGCUAAAAGAACUAAUGAAUGAAGGAAUAUUGGAAAAAGGGGAAAUGGUUGAGACAUACAUUAGAGACACUGCAAUCAAUCUUUUGCUCGCAGGAAACGGAUCAGUUAGUUCAAGUCUCAAUUGGUUCUUUUGGCUUGUUUUGACUCAUCCUAUUGAAGAAGCUAAAAUUAUUCAAGAGAUCAAAGAUAAUUGUUUAACACAAGAGGAGAAAUUGAUCGCAAAUUUAAGUGUAGAAGAGCUUGAUAAGCUAGUUUACCUUCAUGGAGCUAUUUGUGAAGCCUUAAGGCUUUAUCCUCCUAUAGCAUUUGAACACAAGUGUGCAAUUAAAUAUGAUAUACUACCUAGCGGAAAUCAUGUUAGUCCAAAUACAAAGUUAAUAUAUUCUUUGUAUGCAAUGGGAAGGAUGGAACAAAUAUGGGGUGACGAUUGUUUGGAAUUUAAGCCAGAAAGAUGGAUAUCAGACAGAGAACAAAUUAAGCAUGUACCAUCUUACAAGUUCAUAGCAUUUAAUGCAGGUCCUAGAAAGUGUAUAGGGAAAGAUAUGAGCUUUGUUCAAAUGAAAAUGGUUGCAGUUGCAUUGUUAUUGAAGUUCAAGAUACAAGUGGUGGAAGGUCACUCUAUAACUCCAAGGGAUUCUAUUGUUAUUCGUAUGAAACAUGGAUUUAAGGUCAAAGUCAGUAAAAGAUGCGUUUGAUUAAAGAAUUAAUGUCUCUGUUUGUUCUAGUUAAAUAACGUUCUGGUCAGAUUAUACUAUUUUUCUAGUUGUGUUUGUUAUUAUCAAAUGGAUGUAUAUCCCUGAAUGCAUGUUAGGAAUUGUGACUUUGUGAGAUGUGAAAUAAAUACGCAAUUGUGACUUCGUAA